GAAAUGAGAUAAGGUGCCCGAAAGAGGAAGAAAAAGCAAGUCUUGUUUUUGUUGCAAAACGAACAGAAGAAGAAGUGCGUUGCUUUCUAGUGUCAUGCAAGAAAAGCAGUUUGUUGCCCGUUGUCACACGACGGUGCUCUGAAGGUAAGAUGGCAAGAGCUGUGCGCAGAGAGCCAGCAGAGUUCGGCAUGGACUAUGUGAAUCUGCCUGAGCCUUCAGUUACAACGGCUGCUGGAGGAAGAGACGAGGGGAGUCGUUCUGCACCAGGGACAAAGCUAUUGAGGCUGGUUGGAGUUAGCUUUGGACUCCUUUGCUUCCUACAAGUUGCUGUCAACGUGUCUCUCCGCCUGACACUGUUCAAAUCUGACGGUCAGACAUCACCAACAGGACCCGCUUGCAGUAAUGAAACUGUCAAGCAGGAACAACUGAUCGAGCGGUACAUCCAGCGGGGAUGGGUGCGUUUCCAUUCCAGUGUGUAUUAUAUUUCUUCCAACAGGAACACGUGGCAGCAGAGCAGACGGUUCUGUCUGCAGCAAGGCGCUGACCUGGUGAUCAUCAACACCAAAGAAGAACAGGACUUCACAAGACAGUUUAACAGACUCACUUGGCUCGGACUUCAUAAUAAGACCAAGACGGGGAACUGGACAUGGGUGGAUGGGACUCCGCUGACCAAAAGCUACUGGGGGCCUGGAGAGCCAAACGGUUUCGAAGGCAAAAUGGAAAACUGUGUGGAGAUAAGGUUCUUUGAGCUGGAAAACAGCUGGAACGACAUACCGUGUGGAGACGAAAACUACUGGAUCUGUGAGAAAGCGGUGGCUCCGUAAAUAAAACCGAACCAAGUCGAGGGAAGUUCAGACGGACCUGAAGUCUUAACUUGUAACCAGGAAAUGGGAAGCCGGAGUCACGGUUCUAAUCAUUUGGAAAAAGAGCCUGUUGGGUUUUGGAUUGAAAGCAGGGCGUCGUUUGAUUUAUGCAAAACAUUGUUCUGAAAGUGAAAGGCGAUCGCGUGAGAGCAAUGAUUUUAUUUUUUGGUGAAUGCUGUAAAUAAUGAUGGAGUAAGCAAUGAUGAUGGAUAGGACCACUGUAACAUCAAGUAAAGCUUUCGAUUUUAGUGAAAUCUUGUUAGUUCGUUCACCAGCGGGUUAUUAAAUGAUCAGAAAAUAUAAAUAGCUUUUAUUUCGAAAGCUGCGUCAUAGUUACUGCAUCUCAAACUUACACAUCCCACUGAAAAGAUCAGCAAUUAAUGUCUACUUUUUCCUCUCACAUCUGUUGUUCAGCAGCUAUAUGCGACAGUUACUAAUUAUCCUAAUUAUUUUUUUUAUAUUAACACAAUAUUUGUACUUUGGGGCUUGUCAUUGCUUUA